UAUAGUGAGAAACUCUAUGUGCAUAGGCCCUAGCUUGUCCUCCAGAGUCACGGAACUCUAUGGUCGGCCCAUUACCGCUACUCGAUUGCACUAUACAAGUUGUUCUUUAUUCUAUGACUAUAAAAUGCCCCUAUGAACCACUGCCGUCGCGCGCUGCACUGCCCCCAUCUGUGAUUUGAGGUCAGCGACAUCAUCUUGCACCAUUUCUUCCUGGUCUCGUUUCCUUCCACAUCGUAAACAUAGUGCCUGUUGUGAUCGUGCCAAAGGAGUCCUCCAAGCGUGUGUUCGCUUUGCAAAUAUUUGUUUUGGUGCCGGUUGGGAGGCCGAUGGCGUGUCGUCGUGCGCGAAAUCGCUCACACUAGUCAUCCGCGGCAGUAUGCCAAACGAAGGUGCUCCGCGCUGCGCUGUGUGCGGCCUCGAGCGCGCCCCGAACGCCGUGCUGCUCCCGUUCCCCGACUGGCAGUACUCGAAGCUGUACGACGCCUGGGUCGAUUUCGUGCGCGGCUGCCCUGGCAAAGGCAACUGGCUGCCCGACAGUCGCACCGGCUUCGUCUGCUCGCUACACUUCACCUCCAACUGGCUCAGGCGCAGCAGGGGCUCGGCUCACCACACCAAGAUGCUGCUCGUCAACCCGUGCGCGGUGCCCACGCUUUACCCGAGCCCGGAGCAACGCCGCCGCAUCGCCGAGGCCAACAGCAGCAGCGCUGCAGCCGCCCGGGUGGUUCAGGGGCCGAAUUUACCGAGCUUCCCUUUCGUUCCUAUGAAUGCCAAACACUUUAAACCAGUAGGCACAGACGACAUAAACAAGCUCUCAGUCAACAGUGGCGAAGGGUACUCUGGCAUCUGGGACGGGAAGCUAGACACCUUCCUAACGAUAGGUGGCUACCCCGCAUUGCACCCGAGCCAGGAACAUGGCUUCAUUGCCGUAGCCAAUGGCAGAAACACCAUGAAUGCCAAGGCACACCCUGGUUCCGAGGAAACUGUGGGCAGUGCAGACAGCCCAGGUGCACAGGGUCUUCCAGAUGCAGGCACGGAGCAAGCUACACCGAGCUUGCAGUCUGAGGCAGGCACGCAGUGUGACAUUAGCACAGCCACCAAGUUUACCUGGCGCACUGUCAGAAUCAUGUCGAGGUGGACGCAGUAUGACGUGGUGAAAGUGUCCCAAGGCACACAGGCUUCUGGUCCAGACUUUGAUGAUGAUGACAUCCUGAAGAUGCAACGUGGAGGUCAUGUCCCUGUCUACGCCAGUGUACGACGCACAGUUGGGGCACGCCGUAUGCUGUCUGAGGACAUGCAUGCAAUGGGGCGAGCAACUUGGAAUACCAUGGGAUCCUCAGAACAUUCCAGACCUCAGCAGGGUGUUCUGACUCAGCUUACGCAGAACCUCGUGAAGGAUGUGAAGAAGGCAUCACACUCAACAAAAAUGUCGCCUGGAUGUCGAGAUAGUCUGUUAGAAUCCAGUGAUGACAGUGAGGACCAAGAAACAAUGUGCAAGUAUCGCUUGUGCAAGCAAAAUGGUUUUGGUGCCUCAGUUGUGGGAAAUCCCGCCAGUGAAACGUGUCGCUGUGGCUCGUCUUCAGUCGACCCAUCACAUCAGAAGAAGGUCUAUAAGUGUGCCUUAUGCGCAUACAAGUGCAUAGACAAGGAACAUUUGGUUGUGCACAUGAGUCGGCACACCGCAUGUAGCAGGCCGUUUAAGUGUGAAAAAUGCAGCUGCACAUUUUCAAGGCAAGUGCGUCUGAUGCUGCAUAUGCGUACCCACCAAGAGCCGCAAGAGACAGUUGACACGAGCCAGCAGAAAGAGUUCAAGUGCGACUUAUGCUCGGAAACAUUCGCCAGCCUCGGUGAUCUCCUGGAGCACGUGAACAUCCAUGAAAACCCAGUCAAGUGUCUGCUGUGCCCACGCACGUUCACGGACGAAAUGCACAUGAAGGCUCAUUUAUGCCAGCGCAGGGGUGAGAAGCCGUUUGAGUGUAGCCACAUCCACCUCAUCCAGCACACGGCCACCCAUGAGAAGGGCUUCACGUGCGCUGUCUGCUCUCGCACGUACAGCCGCAAGGCCGGCCUCCUGCUCCACAUGCGACAGCACACGGGUGAGAAGCCGUACGAGUGUCGGGCCUGUAUGCGCACGUUCACUGUCGAGGCUGGCCUGAAGAGGCACACGCGCCACCACCAGAAUGUCGUUCAGGCUGCCCGCAAACUUGGUGGGACGAGGCAAGGAACACGUACCGUUGGCCGGAUGAAUCGCCCUUCGAGUGCCAGCAGACGUUCGUCGGACCUUCCGUCUGCAACCGAGUGAUGCAUGUUUGAAAAGGGUGUGCUCAGGAAAACUAGGGUAGGUAUGUAGGUCAGACAUUGAAUAGCUCAGGUAAAGCCGGCACAUGGCCAAAAGAAAGAACGAAUUGCGUGUCUGGCAUUCCUUGUUGUGUCCAUGCCCAGGUCAUCCCUAUUGUGGGAUGAAGUGAGACAUCGUCUUUCAUCCCAUCGCACUCCAUCCCAUUAACACUCCAUCCCAAUUCGAUAACCUCUGCCUGAUACCGCGUUACCAGCACUAGAGAGCUUGUCCAUAAGACUGUUAUUGUUUACAGCUUACCUGGUUACCAGAGCCAUGGAUGGCAAUGCAUGCUGGCAGUAGCAUCUUGAGACACUUUAUGCAACUACAAUGUGUAUUAAUACUUUCUAUCACAUGCAUACUAUCGUUGAAGGAAAAUCAUAGGGCAACUGCACGUCAACAAUUAUCUUGCUACAAACACUUUCCAUAAGCAGUUAAUUCAGUAGAAUGUGGUAGGUCACUGAAGUAUUAUUUUUGUGUACUCUCUGGUUAAGCUCUGCAUCACAAGAUGUCGCAAUCGGCAGUGCUGCUGCUGUACACCAAUCCUAUGAUCCGCUCUUCCACGAAUGCUAAUACGUUUACUGGCAAGCUAAAGCAUCCGCUCAAACCUGACUGAGAACUCAUGGAAGAGCUUAAAUGGGAACACUGACGAAACGCAGCCCAAGGCAAGGUCGUUUAUGCCACAUGACCAGGUAUUUCUAAGGAACUACAGUACCGGCCCUGCACUCAAGACUGCACAAUUCAGCGACAUCAUGUGGAUCAGAUGUAUUGAUGUAACGUGCAGGGCAUAGGCGGAAAGUUUUCAUUUCUACAGGGAGGGGGGGGUGACGACCAGCUUUCCUAACCCCACAUAUGUGUGUGUGUGUGUGUGUGCAGCUAUUCCUUCCUCUCUAGUACAUCACACUUAUCCGUCUGUCAAGGCGGACUGAUCUCAUUGAUAACAAAAGCCCCUUGAUAAUGCGCCUGAAGCGCUGCUCUGACAAUGCACGAAACGCGAAAAGCAAUGUAAUAGGCGUAGCAUGCUUCAAAAUCCUGGCUUUGCCUGCACUGCAAUGACAGAGUGCGCACGCAGCUAUAUUUCACGCUAGACACUUGCUUCGGACCAAAGCCAAAUUAAAGUGACGGUUUUAGUUUUCAUGAGAGUGUGUACAUUCUUCAACAACAGGUUCGUGGCAUAAAAUAAAAGCAAAAUUAACAGACCGGGAAGCGACCCACGUGUUCAGAAAAGUCAGAACUGAUGCUUUCAAGAAAGUAAAUAAAAUAACCACUUGUAAAUAAGCCGAACUGGCAUUCUGGACGCCUGCACAAUAAAGAAAUAAAUACAUCGGA